AUGAAGUGUAUUCGGAUAGCCGCAACAUACAUAAUAUCCCAAGCAUGGAGCCUGGGCAACCCGAGACCAAACGUCCACGUCUCUCGACUGGAACGUCAUGGUCAUCGGAUCGCGGUGUCACACCCUGCCGUCGCACAUCACCCACCUGUCUCGGGGCCUCAUACGCUGCCGCCGUAUCAACCUCCACUUCCCUUCUCGCGCCCGCCCGAACCUCCCCUGUCGUCGGCGCACCACCACCACCAUCACGACGAUCGUCGCCUCCAUCAUGACCACGAGCCCUAUGCGCCGAGCCAGGACCAUACACGGCAGCUUCCUCCGUCGCCUGCGCACCAACAACACUUUUCUCCCUACGGUCCGCGGGACCCUUCUGUGAAGCGCGAUCCGGGUGAAGAAACGGCCCUUCCGCAACUACGCCGGCCACCCUCCACCGGCAACGGUAUCGAUAAUCUUCCACCACCGCUGCCCCAUGGCCAUCAUCCAAGUCACCAGCAUCCAGAUGAACCUCGACUACCCAUGAGUUUCGAUAGCGGACCGCCGAUGCUGCACUCGCCGGUAGUAUUCCGGCCCUCGCACAACAACUACCAUCCUCCGACGCCCGUCGCUCAGCAUCAUCAAUAUGACAGCCCCCGUAUGUACGGGCCUCUUACUCCCCAUGACAUGUACCCUAAGUUGGAGAUCCAGGCUGCUGCUAGCGCCAAACGGAAAGCGCAACGGGCCUCGCAGGCUUGCGACAGUUGUAAACAACUCAAGGCGAAGUGCGACGAGACUAAGCCCUGUAAAAAUUGUCGGGAGAAGAACGUUGAAUACAAAUAUUGGGACCCUCCCGCAAAGCCACCGGAUAAGGUGACUACCGACAUCUUGGAACUUCUCACAUCGCUGAGAAAGGAAGUGAGCAGGAGUUUCGCGACGAUGAGAAAGAUGGAAAGCAGCUUGGCAAGCAUGGAGACGUCACACAGGCAGCUGAACCAAGGGGCACCAUAUAUGGAAGCUGAAUCAAUCGAAGAGGACAACCCGCCAGACUAUUGCCAAUCCCCCGAGCCCAACAACAGAGCGACGGCAGAACAGGCGCUGUCAUCACCCGGAGGGACCGUCGUAGAGCCAGAUUUGACUCUCAACCAGGCGCGCGAGACCUUGAGACAAAUCAACGAUAACGACUUGGAAGCUCAGCCAGGGAGAGCCGUCACUCCGGGCAAGCCUGUCAUACCUCAAAACCACACGACGUUGGCUGGCCUGCUCUUGAAAUGGCCCGCUAUUAGGUCCAUGGUGCAGCAUUUGCUGGAGGCCGAAAGAAUUGAGCACGUGGAGGAAUUUCCAAUACGUCAGGAACAGCCCAAAGGGCAACUCAGAAUCUUUGGGAGAGGUGAGGGAUUCGAUCAAGACAGUGGUGUCUACGACAAAGUGACACCGCCAGAAAACACAAUGGCGGAUAUUGGAGACGACAUUUCGAAUCCUUCGUCUCCUGCGCCAAAUUCCACUGGCCAGGCAUGGGGUCAAGUGGGCGGCCUAACGCCACCUCCCUCGGUUGACUACAGAGGGAGCGUUCUCAACGUGGAAGGGAACCCCGACUGGAAGCCUUCCAAAGUCUGGAAGUACGUGCAAAGCUUCAAGGAUAACAUCCUCAACAUGCACCCUAUCUUCAUUUACAAGGAGCUUGAUGCCAUGGUCAGAGUCUUCCUUUGUGACAUACCAAAAUCAACUGAUGUGCGACCCGCCAAAGUCGGCUCGAUGGCCAGGUUUCUCACUCAGCCUACGAUUCCACCUUCGUCGUUUCCCGAGCCCGUCGCUAAAAGGAAGCGAUCGCCGGGUGGAGAAGAGCAGUACCUUGUGGCUUCUUUCCAUAAACCUGGACGUCCUUUCCAAACCAUACACAAUGCUCUUAUUCUGCUUGUUCUGGCUUUGGGUAAGAUAUGUCUCCAUAAAGAUAGAAUUCCUGACCCAGUUUACGACUCGGACCCAAUAGCUCACAACUCUUUCUCGGUUCGUAAUCGAGUUACGUCGUCACCUCCGCAAGGGUCGCCCCCUAUGCUCAUGUCACAGUCUCACUCUUCGGGGUUGCCUUCACCUAGGGAUAAUGAACGCAUAUACCCGAGUAGGAGAACCUCACUACAAGGAGCGGUCCCCGUGGCAAGAGGGCCGCAAUCGUACAAGAGGAACAUCGACGUAAUCCCUGGCCUCGAGUAUUUCGCCCUCGCAACGGAGAUAAUUGGCAGUCAAGUUGGUGGCGCCACACUGAAGCACGUCCAUGUGCAUCUCCUUGCUGGCUUAUAUCACGGGCAACUUGGUCGCGUCAUGGAUAGUUGGGCCUUUAUCACCCUAAUAAGCCAAAAGAGCCUCGUUCGUCUUUCAGCCAAAGACCCUGGGCUUGGGCACUCCAGAAAGGACAACCAGUUGGCUUUUGCUUUUUGGACCUGCCUGCAAUUGGAAAGUGAUAUCUUAGCCGAGCUAUCUCUUCCUCAAUCCGGGAUCCUACAAUUCGAAGAACGAAUGCCAUACCCGGACAUAAGUCUCGCCAUCGAACAAGGCUUCUCGUCGCAUGUAGUCGAGAGCUACUUAGCUCAGCUGUAUCUGCGUAAGCAGUUGAACAAGGCGCACCGUCUACUUUACGACCGGGAGAAAGACGACGAAAUCGGGCGCAUGAUUGGAAGUUUGGCGAUGGAAGAUGACAUUAACUCUAUUCAAAGUGCCCUCAAGGACGCAAGGCACACUUGGGUGCCCUUUCAUUACAGUUGGAAUGACGAGGACCCCCCAGCCACCGACAUAUUAUCUGCGCGUCUACGUGCGAAGUACUGGGGAUCCCAGGUGAUUCUCUACCGGCCAUUGCUAAAGAACAUGCUGAACAGGGAACCACUGCCUCCAUCCACGUGCCGAAUCCAGUCACCCCCACCUGAUGCAUGGGCCUCCUUAGGCUUUGAGAUAGGAAGUCUAAAUUUGCCCUCGAACGUGGAUCCUCGUACCAUCAACUAUGCUCGCCUGGCUAUACAGGCUCUCGUUGAGAGCACACGAGCUUUUCAUGGAAUGGACCGCACCCAACGCAUCAUUGUAACCAACGUGUUUGGAACUGCUCAUGCUCAAUGGGGAAAUCUCCUGACGCUGGCUGCUUGCUACAGAGACAGCAUUCUUACCAGGUUUAUAGACAAGGAGACUUUGAGAACCCUUUUUUUACGCACUAUUGCGUUUUUCCAGACCAUUGUCCAGUCCAAAAGCGCACUGGCGGCUGAUAUGAACAUUUUGAUUGGCCUAGCUAGAGAUCUUGGCUUCAUCAAGAAUGAGUAUGAUGCCAGGGGGAACUCGAGCCCUUGA